AUGCCUUCAUAUACACAUCAAAUUGAAGUAGACGGACAAUAUAAACCAGAGGCAAAUCGAUAUCAUUUGUAUUUGAAUAAAGGAUGUCCUUUCGCUCACCGUACACACAUCGCUUUGUAUCUUAAGGGAUUGGAGGAUGCUAUCGAUGUCUCCUACACUGAACCAGGCAUGGGUCCCAACGGAUGGAUCUUCUCGAAUGCCGAGCAGCAAACCGCUGGUUCCACCGUUGAUAAGGUCAACGGUUUCGUAGGUGCACGUGAAAUCUACUUGAAGAACGAUCCAGCCUACGAAGGUAAAUACACAGUUCCCGUGCUUUGGGAUACCAAAACCAGUACCAUUGUAAAUAAUGAAUCUGCAGAGAUUCUCAGAAUAUUCAACAACCAAUUGAAUAAUCUCGCUAAACAUCCGGAAGUUGACCUCUAUCCAGAAUCUUUAAAAUCAAAGAUCGAUGAAUUGUUUACCAUUUACAAUGCAUCCAUUAUUAUGGGCGUCUACGGUCCUGGUUACGCUACAACUCAAGCUGAUUAUGAAACAAAAACAGAUAAAUUCUUUGCUGCUUUGGACGAUCUUGAGAAACAUCUUGGUACAACUAGAUAUGUUGCAGGAUCACAACUCACUGAGCUGGAUAUAAAGUUGUUUGUCACAUUGAUUAGAUUCGAACCGGCAUAUUACGGUGCAUACAAAUUGAAUCUAAAGACCAUUCACGACUAUCCAGUGAUAUCAAACUACUUGAAGGAUCUCUAUCAGAAACCGCAAUUCAACAAGACCGUCGAUUUCGAUCACAUCAAAAAGAUCUACUAUCUCUCACCGAAUGCACCAUCUCCAAAGAUCGUACCAAGAGGUCCAAACGUAGAUUGGUUAAAAACUCAACAUAAUCGUGCUAAUUUGGAUUAA